CAGGACCAGCAUGGUACACUCACUACCUUGGUCUACGCUCGCAGCUAACAGUGGUGUGUCUGUGUUUAUAAGCUGGAGUGACUGAUGAACAACGGUAGUCAAGCCGGGAGGGUGAUUCCCUGUCAAAGCUUUUCUUAUUCACAUAAAGGGGAAUUUGAAACCACUCACAGUUCUUGCAUAUUACAAUGGGCUGCAAUCUGUGCACUUUCCAGAAGAGAGAGGAGCACUACAAACUGCUGUAUGAAGUUUCACAGGUUAAUGGGAAGGAUCUGUUAAAAGCAACUCACGAAGAAGCAGUUGAAGCGUUUCGUAAUGCUAAAGACCCAAUAGUAGUCCAAGUAUUAAGACGAACACCGGUUAACAGAGCUCAUGGGAGUUCCCAGGAGGUGCAUCUUGUGAAUGUGAGCACUCAAACGGACAUCACAUUUGAGCAUAUCAUGGCUCUCUCCAAACUCAGACCAUCCACUCCACCAGUUCCUGACAUUUGCCCAUUUCUUCUGUCUGACAGCUGCCAUUCUCUUCAUCCAAUGGAGCAUGAAUUUUACGAAGGUAAUGAGUAUCUUUCGAGCCUGCCUGCUGAAGGAGACAGAACUGAAGACUUUGAGUAUGAGGAAAUUGAACUGUGCCGCUUAAAUAAUCAAGAUAGACUGGGCCUUACAGUCUGCUACAGGACAGAUGAUGAAGAGGAUACUGGAAUAUAUGUUAGUGAGGUUGAUCCAGAUAGUAUUGCAGCCAGGGAUGGGCGCAUUCGGGAAGGAGACAGGAUCUUGCAGAUUAAUGGCCAAGACAUCCAGAACAGAGAGGAGGCAGUGGCGUUGCUUUCCAAUGAUGAAUGCAGGAAAAUUGUUCUUCUAGUUGCAAGACCAGAUUUACCGCUGGAUGAAGGCUGGCUCGAUGAUGAAAGGAAUGAAUUCUUGGAAGAGUUAAACAUGCAAAUACUGGAAGAACAACGUCAUGAAGAAAGGCAAUACCUAGCUAAUGAAGUGCAACAGCAAAAAAAGCCUGAAGAGGAAGAUGGGACAACUGACACAGCAACUUCAUCAUCCAAUAACCAUGAAAAAGAUAGUGGUGUGGGCCGCACCGAUGAAAGUCUGCACCAUGAUGAGAGCUCAGAGAUAGAAAAUCUAGUCAAAGAACACAACAUCACCCAUUUACAGAAACAUUCACACCUAAGGCAAAGUCAGGAUACGUUACAAAGCAGCGAACUACAGUGCAAUGAAAAUUUGGUUUCUGGGGAACAUAUAGAGUCUGACUUCACUCUGAAUCAAGAAGAAGAUUGUGACAGGUUCCGGCAAUUACUAGAGCUUAAGUGCCAAAUCCGGAAUCGAGGAGAAUAUGACCUGUACUAUUCCAGCAGCACAAUUGAAUGUAGCAGAUCAGAGCAUGGCGUAGAGCAUGAGUUACAACUUUUAAAUGAAGAGCUUCGAAGUAUUGAACUUGAAUGCCAGAGCAUUAUGCAGGCACACCGCCGCCAAAAUGUUAAUAAGCAGAGCGGAGACAUUUGGGAAAUUCAUGAUGAUGAAUUGUGUAAUUAUAAUACCAGCAUUGAAGUACAGAGAAGUAAAGUAGGUAAUAUCCGAGAACAUACAGAAAGAUCUGAUAAGGACAGUUCUAGUGCUUAUAAUACAGCAGAAAGCUGUAGAAGCACACCUUUGACAGUAGACAGAUCCCCGGACAGUUCUCUUCAAAGAAUAAUCAGUAUUACAAACCAUAAAAAUCUCAGAAGCACUAUUGUAACAAAUCAUUUAUCAUCUGGACUAAGCAGCAUUGAGAAUACCCCCUCCAAAUCUAAAACCAAUGAAAAAAAUCUCAGUGCAGAAUGCCAAGGAAAUGUGCUAGAAUGCAGUACAUUCCUAGAUCACCGGACGAAAAGCACUGAUGAGAUUCCUUAUCUUUCCCCUUAUUACAGUUCAACCUAUAGACACGACAAUGUACCAGUCCAUGCAAGACAUUAUCAAAGUUACAUGCAGCUCAUCCAACAGAAAUCAGCAGUGGAAUACGCACAAAGUCAAAUAAAUCUAGUAACAAUGUGUAAAGAGUCACAAAGGUCAACGGAGCCGAGGAUGGAGUGGAAGGUGAAAAUAAGGAGUGACGGUACAAGAUACAUUACAAAAAGGCCAGUGAGGGACAAACUUCUUAAAGAGCGUGCCUUAAAAAUCAAGGAGGAGAGAAGCGGGAUGACCACAGAUGAUGACACAAUGAGUGAGAUGAAGAUGGGACGUUACUGGAGUAAGGAGGAAAGAAAGCAGCACCUUAUGAGAGCAAAAGAGCAAAGAAGGAGGAGGGAAUUCAUGAUGCGUAGCAGGUUGGAAUGUCUUAAAGAAAGUCCACAGAGUGGCAGUGAAAGCAGGAAAGAAGUUAGUAUUAUUGAACUGAGUCAUAAAAAAAUGAUGAAAAAACGGAACAAAAAGAUACUGGAUAACUGGAUGACAAUCCAAGAACUCAUGACACAUGGAGAAAGGUCUCCAGAUGGAGCUAGAGUACACAAUGCCUUUUUAUCAGUCACUACUGUUUGAGUAUGACUGUCAAGGAGUAGGCUACCUUUUUUUAGGUAGAGUGUCAUUGCCUCGUUCAAUGUGGCAUUUUAUAUAUUUUGUGACUGUUUAUAGUUUCUCUUUUGUAAACAAACCUAUUUGACAAUUUUACAUUUUCUUUUUCAUAUAUUACUACUUUCUUUAUCAAUAUGGAAUUAUUUGUGAAGAAAUUAAAAGGUUCAUUUUUUAUUAUUAUGAAAACUUGAAGAAGCCAUUUGUUUUAUUAAUAUAUCUAUUGUAAGUGGAAAUGUAUUUCUCUAGCUUUUUUUCUAUUUAUACUUUCAUGAUAACAUAAAUACCAAAAGAAACCAUUUUAUAUACCUGGUUAUUGGAAUACACACAAAAUUUGUAAUGUACUACAUCUCAUCUUAUACUUCAGACGUGUUUGAUUGAGACAGUGUACAUUGAAUAUGUAUUUUAUGGCUGUAUUUGUCCCAUUAAAGUGUCAGAUGGCAAGUUUGCCAAGAUUUGUGUUGGCAAAAGACAUGUAGCUAGAUUUAACUGUGGAGAUGGAUUCAAAAUAAAUAAUUAUUCAUCAUUGCUGAUAAUGACUGCAUUAGUUUGAAUUUACUCUUUGAAUAUGUGAAUUUGUUGGAUGUACUCAUUGCAAAUAUGUAAUAGACUUGCAGUAUUCAUCAUAGUAAAAUCCAUGUAUCUGGGCUUGAAAUGUUCCUAAAUGCUUUUCAACAGCAUUAAGUAAGAGUGCAGGUGAAGCCGGCCCAUGUGCUCAUUUUUACCACCCACUGGCCCGCUUUCACCUGCUUACCACAUUUGACUGAUAAAGAGGACAUGAUUUUUACUUGCCUGGGCUUUUUUCAUGCUGGAGAAUGCAUCUAUAGCUUUUGAGCCUCAUUCACAUAAUAGCAAAAAGGCUU